CGCAGCCCGCCGCUCCCGGCGUGCAGCGCUGCGGCCCAGGCGGCCGCCUCAGGCAGCCCCGCGGGGCCGGCCGGGCCCGAGCGGCGGGAGCAUGGCGCUGAAACGGAUCCAGAAGGAACUGACUGACUUACAGAGGGAUCCUCCUGCUCAGUGUUCUGCAGGACCUGUAGGUGAUGACUGUAAGUAUUUUUCCAGAAGAUUUCAGAAGGCUUGCAACCAAAACCUCCAGUGUUAUCAGGGACCAGACUUCAUUCCCACUCUCCUCAUGUUCCACUGGCAGGCCACCAUCAUGGGCCCGAAUGACAGUCCUUACCAAGGAGGUGUUUUUUUCCUGACCAUCCACUUCCCUACAGAUUAUCCUUUCAAGCCCCCAAAGGUUGCUUUCACUACCAAAAUCUAUCACCCCAAUAUCAACAGCAAUGGUAACAUCUGCCUGGACAUCCUGAGGUCACAGUGGUCCCCAGCAUUGACUGUGUCCAAAGUUCUCUUAUCCAUCUGCUCUCUGCUCUGCGACCCCAACCCUGAUGACCCUCUGGUGCCAGAAAUAGCCCACACCUACAAGGCCGACAGAGAGAAGUAUGCGUCCUCUUUGGGUUGGCUUUGUGUGCGGCUGCCCAGGUUCCCACGGACAUCUUCCUGCCCAAGCCAAGCCCAUAUACAACAGACUAGCGAGAGAGUGGACACAGAAAUAUGCUAUGUAAGUGCCUCGAAGGCUCCAUGGGAGACAGUAUCCAAGAGAAGCUUGCCAGGCAGAGUGGCCUUCCUGUGAAGCUCUGAGCUAUUGGCUAAGGCACUCACAGAACAUCCUCCGUUCACACACGUGUCGGCCAUUCACUCUCUGGCUGCAGCAUGUUGGUGGUGCCACUUUCAGCCAUUGUGGCCUUGACAGUACCACACCUUUGAUGCCAAAUCAGCAACCAUCGUUAUGAUCUGCAGUCUUCCUGUUACACUAGAAUUGGUCUAUCCCCAGCUUUUCUGCUUGUCUCUGGGGAAUCAGGCCAUGCAUGCCUCCCCUACUUGUCCUCAAAUGGUGCACUAGUCACUAUGGCACUGUAGGGGGCCUGGUCUGCUCCCUAACCACAUGCCCGUUGCCUUUAGAACACAGUGCAGUCCUGAGGGCCCAGGGCAGAGUGGGCUUUCCUCAUACUGUCUGCCACAGAACCAUGUCCUCAGGAGUCUGAGUGCAUCCUGGAGGCUCCUGGGAAUUGGAACAGCAUCGUGAAAGUGCUUCUGCUCUCUUCCACCACCACCCUCUGUAGUGCAAUAUGCUGCGUUUCUCUCCUCACACCAGACAGCAACUGGGAAACAUCAGGUUCUAUAAAGCACGUAACUCCCCAAGAAAGAAGAUGACAUCAUCAACGUGGAGAGAUUGGGGUUGUGCUUUUGUAUGUGGUGAGGCUUUCCUCUUCUCCCACUGGGAACUUAACAGGAAGUUCAAGUAUAAGCCAUUCACAGAUGGGAACAUAAGGAAGGAGAGGGACUUUAAAUGCAAAUAAAAAAUGAAAUUCCCUCAGAACUAUGAAUGACAAUUGACAUUUUUUUCUUCUUUCAGAAUAAACUUAACAGGUUCUCCAGA